GCCUAUCACUUUUCUACCCCACAAUUAAAACCUCAAAUGUACUUCUUCUUUUAAUUUUUCCAAAUAAUUAGUUAUUCCUUUUUUACUUUGCUAUUAUUCAGUUUAUAAUAAUGAUGAUUGUAUUAGUUCCUUAACAGUUAUCAUCUGGUGUAAUCUCUCACUUUCCCCCUGGGAUAUUCUAAUCAUACAGAUCUUUUACAGUUGAAGCUGUUGCAGCUCCCGAUAUUGGAAUUUUAUUUUGUUGAGAGAUAAAAUGGAGAAAGACGAUGUGUCUGAUUCCGAGGGCAGACAGCCUAGCGAAUCGUCGUGCUAUGCAACUGAAGAUGAAGAAGAAGCCAGGAUACAGUUGGGUCCUAAAAUGAGUAUUAGACAACAUCUUGAGAAAGAUAAGGAUGAUGAGAGUUUGAGGAGGUGGAAAGAGCAACUUCUCGGAGGUGUAGAUGCAAGCGCUGUUGAAGAAGUUCAAGAACCAGACGUUAAAAUUUUAAGCCUCACAAUUCUUACCCCUGAGAGAUCUGAUCUUGUUCUUGAUAUUCCGGAGUCUGGGAAUACGAAUGGCUUGUGGUUUACUUUGAAAGAAGGUAGCAAGUAUCAUUUAAGAUUUUCCAUCAAGGUCAGCAAUGAUAUUGUUUGCGGCCUCAGAUACACCAACACUGUUUGGAAAACGGGUAUCAAGGUUGAUAGCUCAAAGGAGAUGCUUGGAACAUUCAGUCCCCAGGCUGAGCCUUACACGCACGAGAUGCCAGAAGAGACUACACCAUCUGGCUAUUUUGCCAGGGGCUCAUAUACGGCCAAAACAAAGUUUAUCGACGAUGAUAACAAGUGCUACCUGGAAUUGAACUACACCUUUGACAUCCAGAAAGACUGGCCAUCACAAUAGAUCAGCACUUGCUAAGUCAUGACAACAAAUAUUGCAUGACCGAAUGAAUUUGAGAGAAGAUGAGAUGACAUGUAAUUCCUGGAGGAUAUAUAUUAAUAAGCAAUUAUGUUUGUUGUAGUUUUUUUCGGAUAUUCUCUUCCUGUCUGCCAGGAGCAUCUAUUUUCUUUGUAGAACAGGGGUGCUAGCAAUUGACAGGGGAAAUCAAAUUAUCGGCUUUAUGUUUUAUUUAUUACUGAAUAUAUAUUGGUAUAACAAUUUUGCUUU